AUGGAGGCUUCAAGAGGACCUCCGCGGGUCAAAAACAAGGCGCCGGCUCCACAGCAGAUAUCUGCUGAGCAGCUCCUCCGUGAAGCUGUUGACCGUCAAGAACCCGCGCUCCAAGCCCCUACACAGCGGUUCGCCGAUCUUGAAGAGCUCCAUGAAUACCAAGGCCGGAAACGCAAAGAAUUUGAGGACUACGUGCGGCGGAACCGCAUUAGCAUGAACAACUGGAUGCGAUAUGCACAAUGGGAAUUGGAACAGAAGGAAUUCCGCCGUGCGAGGUCGGUGUUCGAGAGGGCAUUGGACGUUGACCCUACAUCUGUGGUAUUAUGGAUUCGCUAUAUUGAAGCAGAGAUAAAGACAAGGAAUAUCAAUCAUGCGCGGAACCUGCUUGACCGCGCUGUGACGAUUCUUCCCCGUGUGGAUAAACUGUGGUAUAAAUAUCGAUAUAACGAAUUCGAUCGGGUGCGGGCUAUUUUUGAGCGCUUUACUGUUGUCCACCCGGAGCCGAAAAAUUGGAUUAAAUGGGCACGGUUUGAGGAAGAGUAUGGGACAAGUGACUUGGUGAGGGAGGUCUAUGGACUUGCUAUCGAGACUCUUGGUGAAGAUUUCAUGGAUGAAAAGCUCUUUAUUGCGUAUGCUCGAUAUGAAGCCAAGCUAAAGGAAUUUGAACGAGCCAGGGCAAUAUAUAAAUAUGCGCUUGACAGAUUACCGCGUUCGAAAUCUAUUGCUCUACACAAAGCCUACACUACCUUCGAGAAACAGUUCGGUGACCGGGAGGGUGUUGAGGAUGUCAUCCUUUCAAAACGGAGGGUCCAAUACGAAGAACAGGUCAAGGAGAACCCGAAAAACUAUGAUAUCUGGUUUGACUUUGUCAGGUUGGAGGAGUCUUCUGGAGAUGUGGACCGCGUGCGGGAUGUCUAUGAGCGGGCAAUUGCACAGAUUCCUCCUUCGCAAGAGAAGCGACACUGGCGUCGAUAUAUCUACCUAUGGAUAUUUUACGCUCUCUGGGAAGAACUUGAAACCAAGGACAUGGAUCGCGCUCGCCAAAUUUACCAAGAAUGCAUAAAAUUGAUCCCUCACAAGAAAUUCACGUUUGCUAAGAUCUGGUUGAUGAAGGCUCAGUUUGAAAUUCGACAAAUGGAUCUUCAGACGGCCAGAAAGACCCUUGGUCAUGCGAUUGGUGCAUGUCCAAAAGACAAGCUAUUCAAGGGCUAUAUCGACAUCGAGCGACAACUUUUCGAGUUUGUUCGAUGUAGGAAAUUAUUUGAGAAGCAAAUCAAAUGGAACCCUGCAAACUGCCAAGCGUGGAUCAAAUUUGCAGAACUGGAGCGGGGAUUAGAUGAUAUUGACCGAGCACGUGCUAUAUACGAGUUGGGCAUUUCCCAGCCUGUCCUAGACAUGCCUGAGCUUCUAUGGAAGUCAUAUAUCGAUUUUGAAGAGUACGAGGGUGAGUAUAAUAGAACUAGGAUGUUGUACGAACGCUUGCUCGAGAAAACGGAUCACGUCAAAGUCUGGAUCAAUUACGCACGAUUCGAAAUUAACAUACCUGAAGGGGAUGAGGAAGAGGAGGAGGAGGAAGAGAGACCUGUUAGCGAAGAGGCUAAGCGCCGUGCUCGAAAGGUCUUUGAGCGCGCGCAUAAUGUGUUUAAAGAGAAGGAGAUGAAAGAAGAGCGAGUCGCUCUCCUCAAUGCGUGGAAAUCCUUCGAGCAGACACACGGGUCGCCGGAUGACAUCGCCAGGAUCGAAAAGCAAAUGCCCAGCAAGGUCAAGAAGCGGCGCAAGCUGGAUGAUGAUCGCUAUGAAGAAUACAUGGAUUACAUGUUCCCUGCGGACGACGAGUCGUCAGCCAAAUUGUCACAAAUUCUUCAGAGAGCACACCAAUGGAAGAAGGAGCAGGCGAGCAAUAUGGGGAAGGGAGAGGCAUGAAUGUAUGUCGGUCGUUAGGAUGGAUUAAUGAGAGUGUCUCAGAUGGAGGGACAUGACUGUUUCUAUUGUUCAAAUUGCUUAGCGGUCAGUAACAUCAGAGUACAGCACGGCGUUUGAAGCCAGUGAUUUAGCUAUAUUGGUGUUUUAAGAAGGGCAUUAUAUCAUUUUGCUACUAGAAUAAUAUUCCAGGCACUUGAAGAACCAAUAUUACUCACAUCAGCUAAUUGUC